AUGGAAAAAGUAAGAGUUGUAAAAGCUGGUGGAUCUCUUAGAAAGAUUGGUCAAACUCCUACUAAAAGUUCCGAUUUUCCUUUCCAAGCAAGAUCAAGAAUUGAGUUGGCAAAGAAAUUCAAGCAAAUUAAGAAAGAAAAAAUUGAUAAGUUGCAUGAGAGGUUGCAGGAAAAUAAUAUAGAAAGGGUUCAAGAGAUUGUAGAAGAUGUAGAAGAAACACCAAAAAAAAGAACACAUAGAAAAAGAAUUCGAAAGAUUGAUGGCAACCUAGACAAACGCAUUGUUACAAAUAAAAUGGAGAGACCUAAUAUUCUGCAACCAAAAGUAAUGAAAGAUUCUUCACGUAGUGACAAAGAAGUUGUACAAGAAACACCAAACAAAAGAACUCAUGAGAAAGCUAUAAUCAAUGCAUUGCAUGUUCAUGCAAAUAAUAGAGAAAUGGUUCAAAAUUUUGAUGGCAACAUGGACAAGCAAAUUGCACAUGGAGACAGAAUUUGUACAAGAUAUUUUUUUGAUGACAUUGUAUUGAAACUAGGAAUGCUGAAAAAAAGAUCUCCUGAGAAUCUUCCAGAUAAUAAUAAAGAGAAAAUUCAAAAGAUGGAAAAGACACAAAAGUUUGUCUUGCCGAUUGAAGCACGAGAUUGGGUUGAGACUACCGUUAGAGAUGCAUGGAGAAGAUAUAAGUACAAAAUUAAGAAGGAUCAUUUUUUGAAGUAUUCCAUCCUGACCGAGAGUCUUAAACAUCGUCCUCCAAAGGUGCCAGAAUCUCAUUUUAGGAAGCUUUGUGAAUAUUGGAAUUCAAAACCUAUACAACUUGCAAAGGAAAAAAGAGAGCCUACUCAAGCAGAAAUUUUUGUUGAAACUCGGAAAGGAAAUAAAGGAAAAGCAUUGGAUGUAGAAACUGAAAAAGUAAUUGAGCGUCCUGGCAUGGUACGUUGUUAUGGGAGAAACGUAACUAAAACUUCCUUAAAGCAAAAGGAGGAGAUAAAUGCUUUGAAAAAAGCACACAAUGAAGAAGUAUCAGUCUUAGUGGAAAAUUUUGAAGAUAAGAUUGGUAAAUUGCAACAUGCUUUCAAAACUCUAACGCAACAUUGCAAUCCUCAAAUUAAUAUGCAAUCAAUAGAAGAUUUGUUAGGAUUUUCUCAUGGUGAUGCUAAUGGUUCCCCAAUUGAGGCUAUAGUACAAAUGCAUUCCUCUACAUCAACUCAUGCUCCACGUCUUAAAAAGCAAGACAUCAAUGGAGACUGUGAAAAUGAUAAUGAAUUAUUUCAAGAUGACGAUGUAGGUGAUAAAUUUCAAGAUGAUGAAUUUGAAAUGUAG